AUGACUAAAUAUAACCCGGGGGACUACUUUAACUCCACUGUGACGUCAAAUUUGCGCACAUUCGAUGAUAAUGACGUCACAUCUGCUGGUGCAGUAGGACUGUUCUUCCUAGGAUAUAUCUCACUUCAUUGUCAACACACAUUAAUGGCAUGUAGUGAUAUUCUCAAGGAAAGACCCCUAUCCAUGGGUCAAAGUGUGGGCUAUGCGGGAGUGGUAGAGAACUGCCUAGCAACAGGGCCAGUCUGUCUUCGGAAGUUUCAGAGAGCUGGACGGGUGAUCAUCAACAUCUUCUUGAUCGUAACCCAGCUUGGGUUUUGCUGUGUGUAUGUGGUGUUUGUGGCUCAGAAUUUUAGACAGGUGAUAUUAAGCAGCAACAAGGAGAACCCUCACCUGGACCUGAUUAUUAUGGGGAUUGAGUUGAUCCUGAUUGUGAUUUAUUGUACCACCAUACAGAGUCUGCAGGGCUUGUCCUACUUCUCACUCAUCGCUAAUUUCCUGAACUUCGCUGGGCUCGUCUUUCUUAUUUUUUACGUGGUACAGAAACCCCCACCCCAGAGUGAGAGACCUGCUUUUCUAGGAUGGCAUGAGCUACCUUUGUAUUUUGGAACGACUGUGUAUGCCUUCGAGGGUAUAGGGCUGGUGAUGCCGCUGAAGAACAAAACUCGGAAUGAGGCAGACUUUACCAGGCGGUACGGACUGCUGACCCUAGGAAUGACCAUUGUCAUCGCUCUCUACAUCGCCAUAGGAUUCCUGGGAUACCUCAAGUAUGGGGACCAUGUACUGGGGAGUGUCACUCUAAACCUACCAUCAGAAGACAUGUUAUCCAGAUUGACCAAAGUCACUUUCAUCGUCUCUGUGUUUGUCACGUAUGGUCUUCAGUUUUAUGUACCAAUCAAUAUAAUAUGGCCGAGAUUAGAACGCAGAUUUUCUACUCCAACAACCAAAUCAGUGGGCAAUAUUGUCUUCCGAAUUUGUCUGAUUUUAUUUACUGUUGUGAUAGCGAUGGUCAUCCCCCACCUUGAUCUCCUGAUCGCUCUGAUUGGUGCUCUAGCCAGCAGUUCGCUGGCCCUCAUUUUCCCUCCAAUCAUUGAACUAGUGACCCUCUCAGCAGACGGCAGUCGACCAUCGGUAGUGAUUAUCCUGAAGGACUUGUUCAUUAUGUUGCUAGGACUUGUAGGUUGUAUAACAGGCACAUAUGCUGCAAUUCUGGGGAUCAUUAAAGUGUCAUGAUGAUUUGUGAUAUUUAAAGUAUGAGGUCAUUGUUCCGUUGUUUAUCAUUGAUGUCUGGUUUUAGCUAUGCUUUCUUUGUAUCGUGCUUUCUUUUUAUAUGUUUGCAUUCUUUUACGGCAACAAAGUUGUGGGGGUGUAUAUUGGAAUCACCAUGUCUGUCUGUCUGUCUGUAGAUACAAAAUUAAAAAUAUUCUCACCUUGUCGCAAGUGAAAUAAAAAAAAACUUGCACACACUACGCAUUUUGGGAAUAACGGGAUGUAUCUUCUAUCUGAUGGUCUAGAUGCCUCAUCUGACCUACAUUGAACUUCAGUGACUCAGGUUAAAUAAGUUCUCAUGUCAGGGCCAGUGGAAUACUUACUAGGCUUGCUCAUUUGACACAUCUUGGGAUGUUUCUUCCAAUCCAUGGUCAAAAUUCUGCAUCUGACCUACAUUUUGAAAUUCAGUAACUCUUCAGGAUAGCAUUUAAGUCUAUUCCUAGCUUAAUGGCCUCAUUGGAAGAUUGAUAUAUACAAUUGUAUCAAGAAAACUUCUCCAUACUCCGUUUAAUGCUCGAAGUUCUGUUACCAUCUCAUCUUAUUGCAAAAUUAACACAAAAAUGUCUUUUGAUGACAAGGUGUGUCUUGAGCUUAAAUACUUCAAGUGCACAAGAAUUGGAAUUAUGGAAUUUAGUGUGAGGGAUAAUUUUGAAUAGAUUGUUUCAUAGAAUCACAGGAAUCCUUGAAAAGUAUUUUGAUUUGUCAGACAUUUGGGCUGAGAUUGUCAAGAAUUGUAUAAAGCCUGAAACAGUUUUAUAGGCCCCAAACAAUUUAGAUUUGAAAAUUUCCAGAAUAUAUAAAUUUUGGAUCAAUGAAGCUUUGCUGUUGCUGGAAAUAAAGGAAUAUGAUUUGCAAAUGCAACACUACCAGAACUCUAGAUUUACAAAGUUAUUUAAAGAGAAUGUGAUGUUCAAAAUUGCAGUUUUUAUGUGCCCCUUGAAAUGUAUUAUUCCUAUUGGGACAUCUCUUAAUUUAUAUAAUGAUAUUGGCUGGUUUUAUUUGAAAUAUACAUUAUAUAGUCAUACUUUUAUAUUUUUAUUGUGCUUUCUUGCAUUUCCUUGUCAUUCUUUUUUUUUUUAAAGUAGAUCUUGGAGUUUUAAAUUAUAUUAGUAAAGAUCUGAUACUCUAUAUUUAAAACAUGCAAUCAUAUGCAUGAUAAAUAUAGUUUCUUUCGUUAUGUUUAUGAAAGUUUGUUGGUGUUCAAGAUUAACUUCCUGUGUGUUGCUGCAGGUACCAUAUACCUAGGGGGGUGGGGGUGGGUGGUUUGGUAGAUAUAUGAUUUUGGCCUAUUUUGAUGGAUUCCAAAGAUUCACCAAAAGAAAAAUCACUAAAUGUAAGUACAUGUACAUCAGUAUACAGAUACAUUGUAUAAAUAGAUAGAAAUAAGUUCAUCAAAAUUUUAUCUACCAAAAUUAGGCAUCUGCCAAAGUGUCCCGUAAAAAAACCCAGCUGUAUUAUAUAAUAUGUACAUGACCAGUAUGUACAUACGAAUGUAUAGUCUUCAGUCAUUUCUGUGCAAUAUACAUGGUUUCUGGAGAUUUCAUUUCAGUUUUUGAUAUGAUAUCAAAUGCAAUAUGUCAGAGCUAGGACUUGUGAUUAAUAUUUUUCCUUGAAAUGUAUGUAAUUUCUCUGUCACUGAUUAAUAAGACAAUCUAAACUUUGAAUGAACUAUGAAAUUGUCAUCUAAAGGGCCUCUUUGAACAUAUUGAACUUUUUCAUCAUUGAAUGAGGACAGCUGAUUGAUUUGUUAUGAAUUUAAUGUGAAGUGUUUUAAACUGUUGCUCUAUGUAUGUUUGCUGUAUAAUGAACUUGUAUGUAGAAAUGCGAAAUGUGUCAAGUCAUGGGUAUAAUGACAGUUUUAUUAUACCCCCCGCAACAAGUUGUGGGGGGGGGUAUACUGGAAUCGGGUUGUCCGUCUGUCCGUCCGUCCGUCUGUAGACGCAAUGGUUUCCGGACUCUAAAGCAUUAUCCUUUCCACCUACCGUCAACAUAUCAUAUAUAUGGACUACCCAUGGGAUGAAGAUGUUCCCUAUCGAUUUUGGGGUCAAAAGGUCAAAGGUCAUGCGCACUGGACAUCGAAGUAGUAAUAUGGUUUCCGGGCUCUAAAGCGUUAUCCUUUCCACCUACAGUCACCAUAUCAUACAUAUGGACUACCCAUGGGAUGAAGAUGUUCCCUAUUGAUUUUGGGGUCAAAAGGUCAAAGGUCAAGCGCACUGGACAUCGAAGUAGUAAUAUGGUUUCCGGGCUCUAAAGGGUUAUCCUUUCCACCUACAGUAACCAUAUCAUACAUAUGGACUACCCAUGGGAUGAAGAUGUUCCCUAUUGAUUUUGGGGUCAAAAGGUCAAAGGUCAAUCGCACUGGACAUCGAAGUAGCAAUAUGGUUUCCGGGCUCUAAAGCGUUAUCCUUUCCACCUACAGUCACCAUAUCAUACAUAUGGACUACCCAUGGGAUGAAGAUGUUCCCUAUCGAUUUUGGGGUCAAAAGGUCAAAGGUCAAGUGCACUGGACAUCGAAGUAGCAAUAUGGUUUCCGGGCUCUAAAGCGUUAUCCUUUCCACCUACAGUCACCAUAUCAUACAUAUGGACUACCCAUGGGAUGAAGAUGUUCCCUAUUGAUUUUGGGGUCCAAAGGUCAAGUGCACUGGACAUCGAAGUAGCAAUAUGGUUUCCGGGCUCUAAAGCGUUAUCCUUUCCACCUACAGUCACCAUAUCAUACAUAUGGACUACCCAUGGGAUGAAGAUGUUCCCUAUCAAUUUUGGGGUCAAAAGGUCAAAGGUCAUGUGCACUGGACAUCGAAGUAGCAAUAUGGUUUCCAUUUAAAUUCUUUAAUGGCUUUUUUCAUCGCAUGGAGAUGCUGUGUUCCUAGAUACCUUUUGGAUCAUAAUACUGAAGUUUUACCUAUUACCUACACCCUUUGGGAGAUUGGGGUAAGCGGGGGGUAUUCUUAGUGAGCAUUGCUCACAAUACCUCUUGUUAAAGAAAGCUUAGACUAGAAAUUUAUUUUACAUUGAACUACUCAUACUGAGAUAUUUUACCUGCUAUAUGAUACUCCUGAUAAGGAGAAGUUUAAUGUUAUGUUUAAUAGCCAUAUUUUUCCUGUGAUUAAUCUUGAGAACUAUAGAGAAUUAUUUGAUAGAUUUUAUAAUUGAUACCUAGUGAACAUUUCUACUCCCAGUUCAAUUCCUAUACAGACUCGCUUGUUUAUAACUCCAUAAUCCUGCUUACUGUCGACAGUUUUCUGGGAAUUUCAAUUUUUUGGCUGUUUGAAAGAAAAUGAUGGGAAAAGCUCAUGUUUAUUCAUAUCACUUACUUGGCUACAUAAUUACAUAAACUCUUCUUUUUAUCAUUUUGUUUGAAAUGAAGGCCAGAUUAGACUCUUAUUGUAUCUAGUUCUUUAUCAAGUAGCAUCAUUUAUGGUGGAUUAACUUUUUUGUGAUUUAAGAUUACUGAGAAUCAUUAAGCUUAUAUUUUCAUUAUGAGUCACAAUUUUUUCAUUGUGUGUAUAGUGAAAACUUAUUUUGAUUAAAAUAAUGGUUGUUAUUUUUAAAUUCCGUACACACUGCUACUCGGAAAAGAGGUCCCAAGUUAUGUGACUUUUUUUCAGUUUGAAAUGCAUUUGAUGGCAGAAAUGUUUUAACAAAAUUGCAAUGAAGGUACAGUUUUCUCUGUAAUUAAUUUAAUUAUAAAAGGUAUCAAUGUUUACCUUGUUUAUGAAAUAAAUUUCCUUUUUCAGGAA